AUGAUUAGGAAUAUUUAAUGCUCUAAUCCAAUUCAAAAUCAAAUAGAAAUGGACUAUUAUUAAAAAAAUGAUUUGGUUUUGCCUAUAUAGCAUGAUAUUUAAGAGAUCACUUAUGAUCCAAAUGAUUAAAUUCUAUCAUAAUAUCGCGAUUAUAUCAAAAAUAGCGACGUUGAUUUUAAAUUGGGCUUGCUUUAAAGUGGAAUAUAGAAAUUAGGAUGGGUAAUACAAAAUAUUUAAGCAUAAAAAAGCAAAGCAAAUCUGAACUCCAUAUUUGUUUAGGCAGUUACUUUAUUGAAUAAUUAAGCAUUAAAAUAUAUGAAUAAUGGAGAAGUUUAAAAUUCUAUGCUAAUACUGGAAAAAUGCUUAACAUGGACGAAUCAUGAAGGUUCAGAUCCUCUUAUGAGAAUUAUUACCCUCAGUAAUAUAGGAGUAUGCUAUAGGAAAAAAGGCAAAUUAUCAAAGAGCUUAGACAUGUUUAAUGAGGCUCUUAAAAUUAUGUUUGAACAUGAUGUAAAAUCCUACUUAAGCAAUGUUUACCUGAACUUAGCAAUAAUACACUCUCAGAUAGGAGCUCAUAUAAAAUCUAUUGAAUUCGCUAGAAAAGCCCUAGCUGAAUCUUAAUUUGAAUUGAUUGGUAUCAUAAAACCGAUUCAAAAUAAUGAAUUGUAAAGUAAAUAUGAAAACAGUAAGUAUGAUGAUUAUCUAAUAGAAACUGAGUAGAUAACUGAACAACAAAGCUAGCGUGAGUCGAAGGUCAUUAAUCUUAUUCUAUGCUAUAAAACUUUAGCUAAUGAAGAAGAGCACUUUUAAAAUUUUGAAGAAGCAUUGCAUAAUUAUGAAAAAGCUGUGGAUGUUGCUUAGUAGAAUUUAGGUUCUUAAAAUUAAUUAACACUUUCUUGUAUACAAGAGUUUUCACAGUUUUCUUAGAGAUAUUCAAAGAUAUAAGUCUUUUAAACAAAAAAAUAAUAGUAAACAAAGUAGAAAUUCCCUUCUUCUCCAUUCAAAGUGAGAAAUCUUGCUGCCUAUUCAAGUCAGAAUAUAGCAAGACCUAAAUUAAAUACUAAUAAACUUUAGCUGGAAAAGAAAUUACAUUUGUCUCCUAAUAAAUCUACUACUAUUUAAAUAUAAAUAAAUAGUUUAUCUAAGAACUCAAUAUUGGAUAAUUAGAUCUCCAUGAAAAAUAGCUCUAGCUUUUUAAAAAAUAAUACAUAAAUAAGUUCAAUUACUAGUCCUUCUAGCAAAUUGUAUACCUAAUCAUCGAAAUUUAAUGUUCAGUCAUCUCCAAAUUCAGUUUCGUUUUAUAAGAAUACUAGUUCUGCAUAAAGACCUGAAUAAUCAUUUAUGAGGAGAAGCUCUAAAAGUAUUUGUAAAACACAAGUAAGUGCUCCUUCCGACAAAAGCGAACUUGCUUUAGACUAUUUAGGAAUCUCUUAAAUAAUCUCUAAAAAACAUGAAAAUAAAGAUUUUGAUUCUUAAAUAACUUCUCCUUCUGCAAGAAGCUACAGAAGCUAAAGAGAAUAAGAUUCUUUAAAUAUUAAUUAAUCAACUAGAACAAGGUUACUCAGUCUUGAGAAUCGUCCAAGUUCAACUAAAAAUUCAAUUGAGACUAAUCGCAAUAAGAAUUAGUUAUCACAUACUGCUAGAAAUUCUCCAAGUAACAGAAGUAAAGCUUAGAGCAUAUUUAAAACAAUAAAUUCUCCAUACUUUACAAAUUUAUAAGAAAUUAAAUCUUUGAGUAGCAAAAAUUUUUUCAGCAAGUUGCAAAUCAGCCCAAAUUAAUAUAAAUUAUAAUCAAAGAAUAGAAAAAAUAAUUACUUACAAAAUCAUCAAUUAGAUUUGAAAGAUAAUGUUCUUGACACUUUGAAAGUUUAGUUUUAAGAUGCCUUUUUAAAGAUGAAAAAAAUCGAAUAAUAAUUAAAAUGUCAUAUUUUGUAAAACAACUAGCCUUAGAAUCUGAAUAUAUAAUAAAAAAAAACUUUUAACUUAGCAUACAAUGCUAAUAAAGAUUAAAACUUGUUUCUAAAAAACAGAAGAUUAAGACCUCAAUCUAUGCAUAUUGGAAUUAAUAGAAGCCUAAAUGCAACACCUUCAAGAAUUAAUUAAAAAACUGUUAUCAACUUUGAAGGUAUUUAGGAUGCUCCAUUAAACAUACAAGAAGUAUUAAAUAACUGCGAUACAAAUAACUCUCAGUAUUUGUAUUCUCUCCACUCUUCUAAUUAUGAUAUAAAAUUGCUCUUAGAGUUAAAUAACACAACUUUAAAAGAUUUUAGCUAACAAUAAAAUCAUAACUAGGGUGAUUUGAAGUUUUACCUUAACUAUAACACUAUGAUAAUAUAAGCUCUAUUUUAAAUGAACUUAAACCAAUAUCAGCAUACUAUUGAUGCUAGCGAUAAUCAAUUUUUAAAAAUAGAACCUACAUAAUUAUAAAAUCUCUUAAUAAGAAUAUGCAAUAAAAUUUCUGAGAAUUUAUUUAUUGAUUAACAUAAAAACUAUUUAGUUUAUUAGAAUCAAAAUUGUGACUAAUGUUAAGUUUUGAUAAGUUACAAAGAUUAAAACAUUAUUUUGAUUUCGAAAACUCCCUUUAGCAGUAUUAUAUUCCUUUAGCAAAAGAGCGAUUUGAGUAAUUAUUCUCAAUAAUAGGACGUUUAAGCAACCGAAUAAACAAACUCAUAAAAAAAUAUAUAUCCUAUUUAAAAUCAAGUAAAUUAAAUUAAUUCGCUUUAAUAGUAAAUAACUGUUAAAUCUUAACAAAAAACUAAUGAGAAUGAUAUAGGAGAGGAAAUUUAUGUUGAUGAUUUUGACCUUGAAAAUAGUUUUGAAGAAAUUAGUUCUUUGUCUUAGUAGGUACCAAGUAAAUAAUAACAACAACAUAAAACUGAUAAAUAAAAUUAAUCAGAUAAUAAUUUCAGUUAAAGAAACUUAAAAGGGCAAAUUAAAGAUAAAAUAACUCUUUCAUAAGAUAUCUCACAAAAUUUAUCUCCAAGAUAAUUGCAAACUCAAAAAAUACCUGUUUCAUAAAAGGAGACUUAAAAUGCUCAGAAUUAACAAAAAUACUUUAAAAACAACACAAAUGCACAAUCCUCUUCAAAAAAAAUUUAGCUUGAUACAAAUACAAAGUAAAAUAGUAAGAUGAAUAACGAACAAAAAUAAAAUUAAGAAAAAAAUGAGAAUAAAUUGCAGUAGAAAAAGAUAGAAAUGGACAUUAAAAGUAUUUAUGAAAAAGUAAAUCAUGUCAAAAGAAUAGAAAUUUUACCUUCUUCUGAUAAUUCAAAUAAUGCGAACACAAUUAGCAACUUAUCUCCUAAAAAUACUUAAAAUAAGUUUAGUUCAAUACUAUCAGAAUAAUUAAACGCAUUCAAUGAAGAUUUAAAUAAAAAUACAUUCGAUGAAGGACAGAGUUUAAAGAAAAGCUAAAGAUUUUAUAGAAGUAGAAGUUCAUAUACUAAAAAGGGAACUCUGGAGAGUCAAUUUUUUAAAACAAGCGCAAAUUAAGAAUUGAGCCCAAUUAAUAAACAAUAAAAAGGUUUCAAAGGAGAAAUGUAAAAUGAAAAUUAACAAUUCAAGUAGAAUUUUAAAAAUCCUCCUUAAUUUUUAACUCGAUAAGAAAAAAUUGCAGGCUUGAAAAUUUGGAAAGCGUAUGAGAAGAUGAAGUACAAAAAAGUUAUAAACUGGGCAAAUCAAAAGUAAAAAAUGGGUAGAUUUUUAAUAGAAUUUUUCAAAAAAAAGUUUUUCUAAUAGCUAGUUUAAAAUUUAAAUAAGCACAAAGAAGCUGCAGUAGUAAUUUAAAAGUUCUACAGAUAAAAGAUCAAUUAUGAUUAACAAUAAAUGGGUAACUCGCAGUAAGAUAAUAAUUAUGAAAUAUAUUAAAAAUUUACUAUUUUGAAUUUUGAUUGUAAUAGUACAACAAAUAAAAAUUUGAAAAUUGAUUAAGAUAGAGUUGUUAAAAUUCAAUAAUAAUUUAAAGCAUAUCUCUUAAGAAAAUCUCUUAGCUACAAAAACCAGAUAAAUGUAAAAAACAAUUAGAAAAACACUUAACGAAAUAAGGAUGAGAAAGAUAACCAAUAGAAUAACUUUUUAAAAAAUUUAGCAACGAUUAUUAAAAUUUAAAGAAUUUUUAAAAAAAAUUAAGCUAAAAAACAGAAAGAUUUAAGUCUAAAAAAUUCAAACAACUAACAAAUAAAGUCUUUAAAUAAUAACAAUAAUAAUUUAGGCUAAAAUGAGGGAAAGUUGACAGAUUUUUUUAAAAACUUAACUGUAAUUAUUAAAAUUUAAAGAGUUUUUCGCAAAAGACAAGCAAAAAAACAACAAGAGCUAAAAAAAAAUAAAGAUCAAAUAAUACCUUUAAGCUAAGGAGCCAAUAAAUAAGCUCAAAAAGGUGACUAAAAAAUAGAUUUUUUUAAAGAAUUAAGUUUAAUCAUUAAAAUAUAAAGACUUUUCAGAAAAAGGUAAGCUAGAAAACAUAAAAUUGAAAUGAAUGAUAAAAAUAAAACUUAGGAGCAAUAGUAAACAAAUGGUAUAACUAAUAAAAAAUCUCAAAAAGGUGACUAAAAAAUAGAUUUUUUUAAAGAUUUAUGUUUAAUCAUAAAAAUAUAAAGACAUUUCAGAAAAAGAUAGGCAAGAAAACUUAAAAUUGAAAUGAAUGAUAAAAAUAAAACUUAGGAGCAUUAGUAAACAAAUGGUAUAACUAAUAAAAAAGAUCAAAAAGGUGACUAAAAAAUAAAUUUUUUUAAAGAAUUAAGUUUAAUCAUAAAAAUAUAAAGACUUUUCAGAAAAAGAUAGGCAAGAAAACAUAAAAUAGAAAUAAAUGAUAAAAAUAAAACUUAGGAGCAAUAGUAAACAAAUGGUAUAACUAAUAAAAAAUCUCAAAAAGGUGACUAAAAAAUAGAUUUUUUUAAAGAUUUAUGUUUAAUCAUAAAAAUAUAAAGAAAUUUCAGAAAAAGAUAGGCAAGAAAACUUAAAAUUGAAAUGAAUGAUAAAAAUAAAACUUAACAGCAAAAGUAAAAAAAUGGUAUAAAUAAUAAAAAAUCUCAAAAAGGCUUUUCAGAAAAAGAUAAGCUAGAAAACAUAAAAUUGAAAUGA